CAGCACCCUUAUGGUAAAUAAUUUUUUGCUUAAUGUCUAAUCUAAAUCUUCCCUUGGUAUAUUUUUGUUCAGUUCAUUUCUGGCCUGUUAGAGAUUAUAAACUCACAUAGCAAACACUGAUUGCUGGUACUAAUUUGGUAUGCUUGGCCAGGAUGGGUGGUAGGUAAUUUACAACAGAAUUUCUUUCUUUUUUCCUUUGCUUUUUCAAAAACGUGAUGACUUGUGAAGUGAUGCCACAAUUUGCAAGUUUGGCAUAUUUUCACGGGUUUUGCAUGUACUGCUUCUACUGAUAAUAUUCAUUAACUUAGAUAUUUGGUUGAGCCAACUGUCCGUAUAAUUUUUUACAUCAUUUUUUCACCUUGUACAUACGUCUUCCUUCAGUAUCUUUAGUUUUGGAGUGGUCUUGUCUUCCAUUCAGUCAUAAAUACAAGUUUCUCUGGAAAGGUCGGGUUUUUUCCCCCUUGUCCUGGUUAACAAGUCUUUAAAAAUAGUUGUUUUUGCAGUUAUCUUUGAAUGUUUCUAUGUAUAUUUAAGUUUCUUUUCUUUUAUUUGCCUCUCUAGGAUUAAGCACAGUGCCUGUUUUAUGCAAUUCAGGUCCUCAUUUUCAGAACCGUUACACUAAAUACUGGUGUGUAACAAGCUUUUCUUACAGAGAGUGAUGCUCUGGAUGGGGAAACUUGCUGGUUAAACUCGACCAUGGGGCCGCGGCCGGGUCCCUCAGCGCUGAGGGCGUUGGUUACCGGCGCUGAGGGACCCGCCGCGGCCAUUAGCAGCGCUGAGGGCGUUGGUUACCGGCGCUGAGGGACCCGCCGCGGCCAUUAGCAGCGCCGCGCCGCCGCUGGGAACUACAACUCCCGGUGGUCCCCGCGCCACGCCGCUUCCUGCCGAGCUAAGAUGGCGGCUGCCGUGGAACGUGUGGUGGGAGAGGCGCCGGCGGGCUACACGGCUCUGGCGGUGAAGUUCGAGGCGCGGCAGCGGUCCCCCCACUGUUUGUUGGUGAAGGAGCACCAGGUGCGGGAAGGCGCCGGCACCGCGCACCCCCCUCACCGCACCCUCUUCAUCCUCAACGUCCCCCCGUACUGCACCCCGGCUUCUCUGUCCAGGCUGUUCAGCCGCUGCGGGCACGUCCAGUCUGUGGACAUGUGUGACAAGCCAGGGCCCAGGGAGAAAAAAGAAAAACUGAAGUCCAAAUUCUUCAACUGCAAAACCGUAACGGGAUUUCAAGUAGCAUACGUGGUGUUCAAGAAACCAGCUGGAGUCCAGGCAGCCAAGGCUCUGUCACAGGAAGGUCCCUUGCUGAUCUCAACAGAGAGCCACCCCGUGAAAACCGGCAUUAGCAAGUGGAUCGCCAGCUAUGCGGCCUCCAUUGUGGAUCAGGAGGAGCUGAAGGCUGAGGUGGAUGCCUACAUGCAGGACUAUGACAAAAAGAUAGAAGAGGAAGAAGCCAAAGCAGCCAAGGAGGAGGGUGUUCCAGAUGAGGAGGGCUGGGUGAAGGUAACGCGGAGGGGCCGGAAGCCUGGUCUGCCCCGGACAGAGGCAGCCAGCCUGCGCCUGCUGGAAAAGGAGAAACAGAAAAGGGCCCGCAAAGAGCUGCUCAACUUCUAUGCCUGGCAGCAUCGUGAGACCAAGAGAGAACAUAUUGCCCAGUUGAGGAAGAAAUUUGAGGAGGACAAGCAGAGGAUCGCACUGAUGCGAGCCCAGCGCAAGUUUCGGCCGUACUAAGCUGUGCUGAGCUAUUCCUCAGGUGCCUGUGCUGGAGAGGGCGGGAGAGAUGCCUAUGGACUCCAUGUGCCAAAGGAUUUCGAGGAACUGAGGCACCUUCAGGUUGUCCCUGCCCUUAGAUCUGAAAUGGGAGAUCCCAGCAACUGUCGCUGGAGGAGGAGUUUCUUUCUCUUGGGCUGGAAUCCUCCUGCUCUCUUGGCCAUAGUUUGGCUCUGUGGCAUCGCUUCCCAGGGUGCUCAGGCCAAGGGGCUGAGGCCUUUCCUGUGACAACCUGUAUCUCUCUGCCGCCUCUUCAGGGGUAGAAAUGGCUGAAGAACUGUAAAUGAACUGCUGCUAUAUUCUCAAAACAUGGGGAUGCCUCUCGCUCCCCUUUAGUCUGCUUGGGGAGAGCUGGAGCUUCUUGUAUGCUGGGGUGGCAAUAAAAGUCAUGGCUUGUA